UCCUCGCCGCCUGCUUCCUCCGUCGUCCUCUCCUCCCUCUCCGUCGCAAAUCAGGUUCCUGCUCCUCUUUCUCCAUCGCUGCUUAUUUGUUUGGGGUUGUCGGCUGUAAAAGAGUUGAAGAAUGGUGCAGCAUAAGGCUCAGUUGAAGAAGCAGCAAAAGCGCGGUGUAGACUUCAAAAAAAUAAAGCGAAAGAUUGGAAGGAAAUUGCCGCCACCAAAGAAUACUACGAAUACUGAAGUCAAAUCGAAAGCAAUCAUAUUGCCAGAACAAAGUCUGGUAUCAGAGAAGGCCGGUCUAGCUGUGAGCAAAAAAGGUUUGACUUUAAAAGAGCUCCUUCAGCAGACAUCUCAUCACAAUGCAAAAGUUCGUAGAGAUGCAUUGAUAGGUAUCAGGGAUAUCUUCCUCAAACAUCCAACAGAACUAAAAAUGCACAGACUCUCUGUUAUAGAAAAACUGCGUGAGCGCAUGAGUGAUGAAGACAAAUUGGUUCGCGAGACACUAUAUCAACUUCUAAAGGCAGUGAUAUUUCCUGGCUGUAAAGAGGAUAACCAGGGAACUUUUAUAUCUUUGAUGAUGGCAUAUGUAUUUAAUGCAAUGACGCAUUUGACAAUUGAUGUUCGUUUGAUGGCGUUCAAAUUUUUUGACUUAGUUGUCCAGCACUACCCAAUGUCAUUCUCCAUGUAUGCUGAAAAGAUCAUCCAACAUUACAAAGAGAUAUUGCAGAAGAACCAGUUUAAUUUGCAUGACAAGGGAAAGCUUAAGAGCGUUCUUGCUGGUUUGGCAUACUGUCUCUCUCUGUUGCCGUGUAAUAAGACAACAGAUAAUAACUCGUCAACCGAAAAUGUUGUUGCUGACCGAAGAAUUUUGCACGCUCUUGAGUCUGAAGUGCAUGAAGAUCAUUCUAGUUUUUCAGUGACUGCAAAGGAAUUGAAGGACCUUUUGCCUAUUUUGGUUGGUGGUCUUCAGGAUUUUAUCCCCUCAGUUCAGACAAUGCCUAUUUUGGAACCACAAUCAUUUGAUUGUGUGCUUUCCAUAUUGAAAAGUAUAGAUCUUGUUGUCAAGUUUUUUGUUUAUGGGAACAGCAAAAGUGGUCAACAACUGAAAGUCUCACAACCUUCCGACAGACGAGAUCAAGAUGUGCUGCAGAAGUUAUUGAAGAAGUUAUUUGAUGUCUUUCCCUUGAACCCGCCACAUCAGUCAUCAGAGAAGGACGAUAAUAGGUAUUUUGUCUUGAAUGUCCUAGUUUCAGAGAUCUUUUUUUGCUCAAGUGAUUGGUCAGCUCCCCCAUCUGCCUUUUUGGAAAAAUUCCUGGUCUUCAUUGUAGAUGCGUUGUCUGAAAAGGUAUGCAGCACUGUGCUUUCUGGCAAAGCAUUUUUCCAGAAGCAUUCACUCCCACUUAUUCCCUUCAUCCCCAAACUGAUCAUGCAAGUUGAUGAUACGUGGAAAUCACACAUUCUUCAGGCUUUUACAGAGGGUUUCAAGAAGUGUGAUCCAGAGUCUUCAAUGAAAUUGGUUUGUCUUUCGGCAGUCGAAGAAAUGCUAUUUCCUAAAGACGGUUGGCUAUCCCCAAGUACAAGUGAUUCAGGAAUUAUAGACUUUCAGAUUACCUGGAUAAGAGAGAUUCCUUUGUUGCUAAUCCUCUUGGGUGAUAAAAAUCCAUCGUUGUCCAAGGCUGUAUUGCGUCUUCAGCUUCAAUUGGGACAAUGUGCUAUUAUGAACUCUCCUCUCUUGCAGGAGCUUGACAGCAUGCAGUACUCAUUGAGAGAAUUUUACAGUACAUGUCAUGAUGGAAAUAUUUCUUAUGGUCCUUUUAUGAAGCUUGCUAGAGAUAUUCAGGAACUUUCUGUUUGUUGCCUGUAUUACUUCUCCUUCCUGGACCCAUCUCUGCUUCAAUCGCUGGCUGCUUGUUGCUUGUGCCAGGAUCUGGAGCCAUUUCUCUUAUUUCGCUUCUUGGAAGUUCUGAAUUCUGCCUAUAAGGCUGGACACAUCCAGGUCGUGGACUAUAUUAGUUUCCUCAUCACUUUGCUGGCACGAUAUGAAGUUUGUCCUGAAAGCAGUUCAGUCAUGGAGAAAUGCGGGAAGUCAAGCUCUGGAUUGUUUAGGUCUAUCACUAGUGCUGUUUGCUCUUGUCUGUCUCAAAUUGGGGAUGAUCAUCUUGUUUUUAAGAUGCUAGAGGGAGCAGUUAUUGAUCAGAUUUCAAAUAAACUACCCCUGGAGAACACCUGUUCGUUGCUUAGAACGAUUAUUGCACUUGAUUCAAAGCUCACAAAAAUUUCUGAACAGAGCGUUUCCAAACUAGGAAACGUCAUUCCAGGAUAUUUGAUCGAGAUUGUUUCUAGUCUUGGAGCAGAGGAUCGUGGGUCAAGUAAGACCAUCCGAACCAGCAGAAGCAGUUACUAUGUUUGGCCUUGUUUUAUUUGGUUCUAUAGGAGUGAAAAACUUUUGAAUGAUGUCUUGAAUGUGAUGACAUCUUUCAUCUCCGGAAAUGAUUCACCAACUUUUGAUGGUCAAAAUGGCCAUGCUAUGAUGGACCUUUCAAGCAGGAUAACUGCAGUUGUUCGUGUUCUCCUGCUAAUGCAGGAGGAUGUUAGAAUUUGGCAAAUAUUAUCAUGUUACAAGCAAGAGAUUGACAGCUUACUGCAGAACAUACUCAGAGUCAUGUCUCACGAAGGAUCCAACUUGAACAUCGAAGAAAAGCACAAAAUACAAUGUGCAUAUGAUCGGUUGAAGAACAUCACUGGUUGAUAAUGUGGUGGCAAUGCCAGAAAUGUGAAUCAAUGGCUCUAACCCAGCAUGUUGGUUAACUUGGAAGAUGAAGAGCUCUUCCUAUAUGAAACUUGUUACUGAAGCCAACAAGAAUCCAUCAUUAAAUGCUGUGGAAAGGCUCAGAGAGUGGUUGUGGCUACUCUACCACCCUUAAUAGUGGGAUUGAGUUUGAUAUGAAUCCUACUAGACAAUUUAAUUUAGAAUGGGGGUGUUCCAAGUUGUCUGAAAUUAAUGUAUAAAAUUCAGUUAUUUGAAAGACAUUACUUACAAAUACAAUACAUGCUUGGAAGAGAAAAAGGAAAAUGAUUGAUGAUGCAUCUUGAAAAC